UUUAGGGCCCGUUUGGAUAGCCUCAGUUUCCAGUUCCAGUUUUAGAGCCAAAUCCAGUUCCCCGCCGGGGCACCGAAUACUGUCCAGUUUCAGUUUCCGGAGAACUUUGAGGUGAACAGAGUGUUUGGCAGUUAUCAGUAUACUCAGCCAGAAGUACUGAGUGUACCCAAUCAUGUCUAGAUGUGUCACAUCGUUUGCCCUGACUCAUCGCCUGCGUGGAGCACUCACCGUAUGCACCUCGGGUUCAGCCUUACGAAGAGUCAACGUCAUUAGCGCGGUAGCGGCUUGCAGGUAUGCAUCUGUUUCCCCUCCACCCGCAAAUAAAGAACAUCACGGACUUCUUUAGAGACCCUACGAGUUUGAACCCUCUUCCAAAACCCCUGUCGGCUUUGUCUCCCGCUCCUUAUAUCAUACCAUCUACCCCUCACUACACCAGCAUCACCGCCGCUAUCUUUCCACCAAGCAACCCUUCUCGCACGCAAUGUCGGCCGAUCCCGCCCUCAGUAAACCCCAAGACCCCGCCACAGUCAACGCCCUUGUCGCACGUCUCGAAUCAGGCAUCGGCAAAAAGCCCAAAGAGCACGGCUUCUCCUGCAAAAAGAGCACUUUCACGAUCGAAGACACUGUGCACAAUGUAGACUCGUGGAAAUUCCAGGAGCAGGACUUCAAGAAGCACACUCUCCCCACAUACGCACGCGGACUCUUCACAUGGCGCGACAAGGUUUCCGGGAACUACCGCAUCGCCAUCCGCGGUUACGAUAAAUUCUUCAACAUUAACGAGGUGAAGUGCACCAAAUGGGAGUGGAUUGCGGACAAUACGAAGGCCCCAUAUGAAGUCACCGUGAAGGAGAAUGGGUGCAUCAUUUUCAUCUCGGGAUUGCCGGAUGGGACCUUGUUAGUGUGCAGUAAGCAUUCAACUGGUGCGAGGGAGGAGACUGAAGCGUCGCAUGCGAUUGUUGGCGAGCGAUGGGUCGAUAAGCAGUUGGCGCAGAUUGGGAAGACGAGGCGGGAUCUGGCGGAGACGCUCUACAACGCCAAUGUUACCGCCGUGGCGGAGCUGUGUGAUGAUUCUUUUGAGGAGCAUAUCCUGGCGUAUGAGGGAGAUCAGGCCGGUCUCUACCUUCACGGUAUCAACUACAACCUCGGAGAUUUUGCGACAUACUCGAUGCCGGAGGUGCACAAGUUUGCCGAGGAGUGGGCGUUCCGCAAGAUCGACUAUGUCGUUAAGGAUGAUGUUCAGCAGCUCCGGAAGUUCCUGGAAGAAGCUGCGGAGACGGGUUCGUGGGAUGGGAAGGAUGUGGAGGGUUUCGUCAUUCGAUGCAAAGCGAGAACUGAUGCCAGCGACCCCAACUGGGAGGACUGGUUCUUUAAGUACAAGUUCGAGGAGCCUUACCUUCUGUACCGGCAGUGGCGAGAAUGCACCAAGGCCCUGAUUGCCGGAAAGGAACCGAGGUACCGAAACCACAAGGAAAUCACCAGAGAGUACUUGAAGUUUGCUUCUGCAUACUUCAUUCAGAACAAGGGUGCGGCCGAUCAAUACAAGAUGAACCACGGCAUCAUCAAAUUGCGAAACGCAUACCUUGCCCACAGCGGUCUCAAGGGCGCCGAUAUCGUCAGGAUGGACUUAGAAGAGAAGGGAACAGGUCAGGACAGCAACCUGAAGCUCGUACUCGUUCCGGUCGCUACAAUUGGUUGCGGAAAGACGACUGUUGCGCAUGCGUUGACCAAACUCUUUGGCUGGUCUCACAUUCAGAACGACAACCUCACCGCUCGCAAGGGAAAGCCCCAGGCUUUUGCAGCCGCUUGCACCAAGGCACUCGUGGUUUGCCCUGCGGUGAUUGCAGACCGAAACAAUCAUCAAAAGCGCGAACGCAAGCAGCUAAUCGACGACAUGAGCCCCGGGGUCAACCAGGCGCAUUUUGUUGCCCUUAAUUACGUCCACCACAGCAGCACCGACAAGGACCUCCAAGACAAGAUUCGAGAGAUCACCCGAAAGCGCGUACUCAGCCGUGGCGACAACCAUCAGACCAUCCAUGCCGCUACCAAGAACAACAGCGAGAUUAUCGGAAUUAUGGAGGGCUUUUUGAAUCGGUUUCAGUCGGUGGAUAUCGACGAAUUCCCUGACCGCUCCUUUGACAAUGUCAUCGAUCUUGAUCCGCUCAAGGAAUCCAGGGAGAACCUCGAGACUGUGGUCAAGGCGCUCCACCAUGCCUAUCCCAAGCUGGUGCCUGAGAUUCCAUCCGCCGCAGCGCUGGACGAUGCGAUCAAGGCUUCCUUCGAUGAGUACAAGCCAGCGAUCAAACACACCAUCAAGGGCUCCGCCACGCCAGCCCCGAAGAGAGCGCAGACGCAACCCCAGCAACAGACGUCGAAGAAGGUGGACGUUGACUACUUCAGCGUUUCCCUCCCUCCCAGCAUCAUAGUCUCAGCCGUCGAGAAGGCGAUCGCCACAGCCCCCGAGGAGAAGCGUGCCUAUUACUACGAGCUCAAGUCCGCCCACCGUGUACAGCAAAAGUUUCACGUAACCCUCCUUCACAAUGCCAACAAGUCACAGAACAAGGAAAUGUGGGAGCGCUACAUUAAGCUCUACAGCGACGCGAAGGCGGUGGGCGAACCUAUGGGUACCGGCACAAUCAAACUCGAGUCCGUGGUCUGGGACGGACGUGUCAUGGCCAUCACUGCCAGCCUCGUCGGCGACAAGUGGGAAUGUGCCAACAACAUCCCCCACGUCACAGUCGGAACCUCUGUUGGCGUUAAGCCAAAGGAGUCAAACGAUAUGCUCGAGGGCAAGUGGAGGAAUGGCGACAUCGGAGUCGAGCAGAUUGAUCUUUCGGCGGAGGGUAUCGAGGUGACCGGAAAGGUGGAAGGAGUGAAGAAUGGGAAGUUUUAGAAAUCACCAUGCUGCGGCGCAGAGGCUUUCUUUGUAACGAAGUUGCUGUGACGAUCGGAUCCUUGGUGUUCAACGGGAAUUCUUUUGUACUAUACUAGUUUGCACAUGCGGUUUCUUUUUCGAUAAGAUGGGUUGGCGGGUUUCUUUUACAGAAGGGACGAAUUGGGUGAAAUUUUGGACUGUAGCUGUGGAGGAUGAGACGGAAUCAAUGGCUACUUUUGUCAGCCUUCUAGAAAAAAAAGUGAAGUGAGUGCGGGUG